AUGGCUACGAAGAAGCUCGUGGUCGCUGGCGGCAGCGGCUUCUUGGGUUCACAUAUUUGCAAAUCGGCAGCCGCGAGAGGAUGGAGUGUCACUUCGCUCAGUCGCUCGGGAGAACCACGGUGGGAUACGCUGACAAGCUCGCCGGAUCGACCGAGUUGGGCGAGCUCGGUCGAAUGGGUUAAAGCUGAUAUUCUGAAACCGGAGACGUAUAAGCCGGCACUCAAAGAUGCUACCGCCGUCGUACAUAGCAUGGGAAUCCUGUUGGAAGCCGAUUACAAGGGUGUUGUGCAGGGUCGAGAGCCGAUCAUCAGUGGCCUACAAAGAGCGUUCAGUACGUCGAAACUAGGGAGCCAAAACCCGUUACAAAGGGGAGAAGGGGAGGCGUUGAAGCCAAGAGAGGCAGAUGGCCAAUUGACGUAUGAGCUCAUGAAUAGAGAUUCUGCCAUCGCGCUUGCACAAGAAUCAACCAAUGAACAUGUUCCGACGUUCGUCUUUAUCUCCGCCGCAGCAGGGGCGCCGGUGCUGCCAGCCAGGUACAUCACGACCAAGAGGGAAGCGGAAACAACCAUAAAAUCCAAUCUCCCUGACUUGCGAAGCAUCUUCAUCCGGCCUGGUUUUAUGUUUGAUUCGAACAGGAAGCUUACGCUGCCAAUCGCGCUCGGAGGCCUCAUUGGGUACGAGUUCAACACCCUCUUGGGAAGCAGACUCCAGUUCCUGGGUGCCAUGGUCGAGAAGCCAUUGCGAGUAGACGUCGUGGGGGAGGCCGUUGUUGAGGCAAUAGAGGACGAGUCAACACGAGGUGCGGUCGGGACAAAACAAAUAGAGUUGCUGGCCACCAAAGCAUGGCGGAAAAGUAUGCUUUGA